AUGACCAAAUGGACCACAGAAGGACAUACCAUGACCAAAUGGACCCAAGAUGGACAUACCAUGACCAAAUGGACCCAAGAUGGACAUACCAAGACCAAAUGGACCACAGAUGGACAUACCAUGACCAAAUGGACCCAAGAUGGACAUACCAUGACCAAAUGGACCAAAGACGGACAUACCAUGACCAAAUGGACCAAAGACGGACAUACCAUGACCAAAUGGACCACAGAAGGACAUACCAUGACCAAAUGGACCACAGAAGGACAUACCAUGACCAAAUGGACCACAGAAGGACAUACCAUGACCAAGUGGACCCAAGAUGGACAUACCAUGACCAAAUGGACCCAAGAUGGACAUACCAAGACCAAAUGGACCACAGAUGGACAUACCAUGACCAAAUGGACCCAAGAUGGACAUACCAUGACCAAAUGGACCAAAGACGGACAUACCAUGACCAAAUGGACCAAAGACGGACAUACCAUGACCAAAUGGACCCAAGAUGGACAUACCAUGACCAAAUGGACCAAAGACGGACAUACCAUGACCAAAUGGACCAAAGACGGACAUACCAUGACCAAAUGGACCCAAGAUGGACAUACCAUGACCAAAUGGACCAAUCACAAAGACUAA